AUGACACCCAAUGUAGCGCCUUCUCUGACGUCUCAUCUCCUGAGCAUCUGCUCGGGCCCAUUUGCGCAAGCAACACAGCGACCGUUCCUAUCGCAUGCCGGGUGUGGAUCGCUAGGACCAGGACCGCUGUCGCAAUGGCUGGUACAAGACGGACACUAUGCGCGAGGCUACAUUCGCUUCAUAGGACAGCUUUUGGCCAAGAUAAGACUGCCGCAGACGCAGAACUCGCAGUUCCAUCCCAUGUAUCGCACCAUGGACCUGCUCAUCUCCGCGCUGAACAACAUGCGAAGAGAGAUGCAGUUCUUCGAGAUCACCGCGACCAAGUAUGGGCUUGCGCUGGGCAUGGAACCGCCUACGCCUAUUACGCGCGCCAUGCUUGAUCUUCUCUGCUAUCGCUCCGCCUGGCAAUAUGCCGCCUCCUUCUCCAAUACUCUCUCCAACACCUCCACUGACUCGCACAUCGUCGCCCUCCACCAAGCCCUAAUACCGAACUGGACCUCCCCGGCCUUCAGCAAAUUCGUCGAGGCGACACGCGCGCUCGUCGAUGAGCUAGCGAACAUCACAACUACACGCGACGGCAAAGAGGAAAUGUCGCGCUGCGAAGAGAUCUUCCGACAAAUGUGUUGGCUAGAAGAGCGCUUCUGGCCCGACGUCGACAACAUGGGUGAUAACAACGAGAGCGUGAGAAUGGGUCCACCGAUGGGCGGCCCCAUGAGCGCAGGCCUGGAGAACAACAUGCAUAAUAGCAUGCCCAACGGCCUUCCAGUCGCAAUCAACGGAAACGGGGUCCACAACCACAAUCGGAACAACAGCAUGCCAGGCCCUAGCAUGAACAACAACGGCGUACCCAAAAACAUCCACGGCAACCCCGUAAACGGCCGAAACAGCAUGAGUGGUCCCGUCCGCAACGCGAGCAUCAACGGUCCUAUCAAUGCGGCUAUCAAUAAGCACGACAGCACACCCGUCAGCGAUAACAGGAAUCCCUUUGGUAUGCCCAACAGAGGCGGUAUGGACAAUGUUGGCCAAGGCUCAUAG